AAACCGACGAGGAUUUCACUUGCGAGCGCGUCUCUCCGCAAAUUCCCUCCCGCAGAGGCAGGGGCUGGUGAGGAGAGGCCCCUGUCGGAGGUUCCCACCACCCGUCGGUUUCUCAAGUGUAAUAUAGCUUCAAAAGCAGAUAAGGAAAGAAAAGUAGUGGGAGAAAAAUGGCAAGUUAUGAUAAUGUUAGCCACCUAUCUUAUUUUUUUGGCAACAUCACACGUGAAGAAGCUGAAGAUUACCUAUUGCAUGGAGGACUAAACAACGGACUGUACUUACUGCGACAGAGCCGAAACUAUCUGGGUGGUUUUGCUUUGUCUCUGGCAAACAGUGGAAAGGUUUAUCAUUAUACCAUUGAGAGGGAAAUUAAUGGCACUUAUGCUAUUACUGGAGGGAAAUCCCACCGGAGUCCAGUGGAACUCAUUGACUACCACUCAGAUGAAAUUGAUGGUCUCGUGUGUUUACUCAGGAAACCAUGUAAUCGGCCACCAGGAGUGGAACCAAAAACAAGUCAGUUCGAGGACUUGAAGGAAAAUCUAAUCAAAGAAUACGUUAAACAAACCUGGAAUUUAUGUGGACAUGCCCUUGAGCAAGCAAUUAUUAGUCAGAAACCACAACUGGAGAAACUGAUCGCUACAACUGCACACUUGAAAAUGCCCUGGUUCCAUGGGAUGAUAUCUCGGGAGGAUUCAGAGCAACGCCUACUUCUGGGUACAAAGACCAAUGGGAAAUUUUUGAUUCGGGAAAGAGAUAACAGUGGAUCCUAUGCUCUUUGUUUACUCAAUGAAGGCAAGGUAGCACAUUAUCGCAUUGAUAAAGACAAGAAAGGAAAGCUUUCAAUACCAGCUGGAAAGAAAUUUGAUACUUUAUGUCAGCUAGUGGAACAUUAUUCCUACAAAGCAGAUGGACUUCUAAGAAUAAUCACAGAGCCAGUUAAAGAUCCAAAUUUUCAGUCAAGAAAUAAUUCAUUACCCACCAAACUUUCUAAGCCUCGCAACUCCACGACUUGGUCAACAGGUGGACUUAUCACCAGAAUCAAAUCAUACACUUUCCCAAAGCCAGGAACCCAAAAGCCCUCUUUCUCUGUUCGUGGCCAGAGAGAUGAUUCUGCACUACUUGCAAUGUUUAACAAUUAUGCGCCCUCGUGGGCAAAACGAGGUGAACAAAGGGAACCUUUGCCUAUGGAUACAGAAGUUUAUGAAAGUCCAUAUGCAGAUCCAGAAGAAGUAAAAGCUAAAAAUGUCACCCUUGACCGAAAUUUACUGACUUUGGAAGAAAAAGAACUUGGUUCUGGUAAUUUUGGUACUGUAAAAAAAGGCACUUAUGAAAUGAAAAAAGGAAAGAAAAUUGUGGCUGUGAAAAUUCUCAAAAAUGAAAGUAAUGAUCCAGCAGUAAAAGAUGAACUCCUAAGAGAAGCUAAUGUAAUGCAACAACUUGAUAACCCAUAUAUUGUCCGAAUGAUUGGCAUAUGUGAAGCUGAAUCUUGGAUGCUGGUAAUGGAAAUGGCUGAGCUUGGCCCCUUGAAUAAAUAUCUGCUAAAACAUGGAGAUGUCACGGAAAAGAAUCUAAUAGAGUUGGUGCAUCAAGUUUCCAUGGGAAUGAAAUAUUUGGAAGAAAAUAAUUUUGUACAUAGAGAUUUAGCUGCAAGAAAUGUGCUUCUGGUUACACAACAUUAUGCCAAAAUCAGUGACUUUGGACUUUCAAAAGCUCUUGGCUCUAAUGAUUAUUACAAGGCAGAACAUCAUGGCAAGUGGCCAGUUAAAUGGUAUGCUCCAGAAUGCAUGAACUUCUUCAAAUUUUCUAGCAAGAGUGAUGUUUGGAGUUUUGGUGUGUUAAUGUGGGAGACAUUUUCCUAUGGGCAAAAGCCAUAUAAGGGUCUGAAAGGACUUGACGUUGCUCAGAUGAUUGAAAGAGGAGAACGAUUGGAAUGUCCAGUGGGUUGCUCGUCUGAUAUCUAUAAAUUAAUGAAAUUGUGUUGGACAUAUAAUGUUGAUGAUCGGCCAUCAUUUUUUACUGUUGAAUUAAAGCUACGCAACUACUACUAUGACAUUGCUCAAUAAGUAUACUGUGGAAUUGCAAUGAAGACGUCCCAAGAGGCAGAUACAAAAGUUGACUUUUCAAAUAAGUUGCAGAAGUAUCAAAAUGCACUCCAGAAGAAUCAUUGUGAAAAGACCAUUGCAGUAGAAUUACCUUGCUACUUUUAAAAACUUGCUAGUUUCUACAGUAAUAUUUUUAAAGUGAGCUUAUUUGAUGUUCAAGGAUGUGGCAUUAGUUAUACUUGCUUAAGUCUACUUUAAAAAUGGGUUUUGUCCAGUUGUUUCUGUCUUGCUGUUCAAAUGAACCAUCUUUUAUGAUAUCAAAAGAACAUUUCUAUUUUCAUCAUUAUUGCUGUUAAGAGAAUUGGAUACUUUCACUUUUGAAAACUCAAAGCAGAGAUUGGUUUUAAAUUAGAAAUGAGCCAAUAAGGUUAGAAAUAAUAGAUCAUAGCUUUAAAACAUAUGGCAUAUAUGUGCAAAACAAAACCUAUAUCCCUACCUCUGUCUUGAUAUUUAUUAUUUGGAAAAAAUAUAAAUGUCUAUAAACAAAAUUAGCAAAUUGUUUCAUAUAGUAAUAACAGAUCCCUAUUGUUUUAAUCUUUAAAUUUAAUAAUAAAAGUAAAAAAAUAAGUAUAAGUAUAGAUGAACUAACAGUGCUUAACCUCAGUCUGUUGCAUCAUAUAAUCAUGACCCUGAUAGGCUCUGGGAACCCCAUUUAUUUAGGUCUACUCUAUAUUAAACCUUAAUUGUUUAGUUAGGGGUCAUUGAGUAAGGCUUAUUUCCUGGGAUAUUGCUCAGUAUUUCAAUUUAUUUCCAACAAUAGCCCAUAACUCUUCCUAAGACAAUCAUGCAAAAUUCUCUUUUAUCCUCUCCUUCUACCUUAACCUUUAUCCCCCCUUUCUUCCUUUUGUCCAACUUGACAAAGUUUGUAUGUUUUAUGCUAUGAUCAACUCACCUUACAUGUUCAAAGUUUGUGAAUUUCACCUUAUUAAUUGUUGCUUCAAAAGACAGUGAGCCUUUACGUGGUCCAGGACUGAAUAAUCAUUUUUGCCAGAUAUUCUUACUGUCUUUAGAUCCAUCAUCUGAACUUCAUUCUUUCAUUCUUUUUCAGUAUCGAUAUACAGUAUAUUAUUGGAAAGAUCAUUGCUUUAACUAUUCUGUUCAUUAUUGUCAUCAAAUAUUCUCUUGUAAAAUAUCCUUCAGUGAGGGUGUUUACCCAGUCUAACAAUAAUACAAACAUAUUCUAGCAACUUCUUUAUACUACGUGUUCCCAUAACGUCUUCAUCUUGCUCCCAGCCCACUGAUGAGACAGGCUUAAAUUGUUCUCAUCCAUUAUCAAAGCAAUGCUUUCUCUCUUAUAGGGAGAGGAACUCCUUAGUUAUCCCAAAGUGUGUAAAAUCUUAGAUGCUUCAUGGACUAUUCUGUCAGCAGCAGAGUCAGGUGACUUCUAGAGGGUAGGAUCAGCUUCAAGUUACUGCAGUUACACAUUUCUCUUCAGUACCUUCUGUCACCAUUUUCUUUUCUUAGCCUUUGGCAGAAAGCACUGGGCAUAAUUGCUCCAGACCCAGCAAUUUCAUCAAGAACUUAACAAAUUGUGAAGGUUCUCCAGAUCCAGGAAUGGGAUUGGCGAUGGGACAAUACAUUUUAUGGCAGUAUUGAUUUCUGCUGAUUCAAACAUAGCCACUUGAAUUAGGCUUUAGGGAAGGGCCAUCUUUGCCACAGCAUUUAUCUCUAAGAUGAAUGUCUUCUUUACUCAUUAUUUUUACUUUACUUUGUGAGCCCAAAAGCUGAUUUACCAUCUACCAUCUUCAUGACCAACUGUAAGCUCAUGAUAUUAGCUUGUGAUCAUGAGGUGAUGUUAUUUAUGAGGUGACUAGAAAUCCUUCCACAGCUGAUGACCAAGAUGCUUUGAUAACAAACAUCUGCAAGUAACCAAAGCUUUCUCAGCUCAGGCAUAGAGAAACUGUUACUGAACUGAUUCAUAUAAUAAGAGUUUCUAUUUCUGCAUUACUGGGCAAUAAUACUAUUCUUUGUGCUUUUUGUAUUUGCUGUAAUAUAGAGCUAUCAGAAAAAGAACUGGAAUGUUCAUGCCUUAGCAUCUGAAUUUAAGUUUCUUGAAAUGUUUCUACUAAACAGCCUUAUUCUCAGAACAAUAUCAAGUGUUCAGACAGUAGGGUAUAUCCAACUAUGCAUGUUUCCCCUGUUAGCUUAACAUCUGGCAGUGAAAUAUAUUCUUCUACUAGUGUUCUAUUCAAGGAUGCUGCAGAAGAUUGCAGCCACUUGUGGGUAUUACAAGGAGAAUAAAGGCAAAUUCUUUUUCCAUGUGCUUACAGAAUAUAAGUGUAAUUUUAGAUAUCCCCUAUUAUCUUAUUUAGACAGCCAGUUUGGUGUAAUGGUUAAGGCACCUGGCUAGAAAAGAGGAGACAAUGUGCAUGAAGCCAGCUGGUUUACCUUGGGCUAAUCACUCUCUUCAACCCUAGGAAGAAAGGAAGAACAAACCACUUCUAAAAAAAAACCUUGCCAAGGAAACUGCAGGGACUUGUCCAGGUAGUCUCUGAGAAUCAGACAGGAUUAAAUGGAAGAAAAAAAUACACACCUUAGUUUGUAACUAUCUUACAUUUAUGUAAUCCUGCAUUUUUUUCCUUAUCACAGAAAGUCCACUAAAAAGGGAGACUUUGGUUAACACCACAAAACGUUUGAUUGAUAGUAUUAUCAAACUUUUUUUAAAGCAUUAUUAUUGGCUGAGAAUUUAAUUAUUUAUGUAUUGCUUAUGAUGAAUAAGUCCCUAAAGAACUCUUGAUCUUUUCUGUAUGUUUUUUAAAAUGUUAUUAGUUUUUAAUUUUAUCCCUGAAGACAUGUGGUAUAUGUAGCCAUACAUCCUAUUAUGAAGAUUUAAGAACUAUGGUAAUAGAAACUAAAUUAUGCAAUAGAAAUGUAUAUUAUUUUAAAUAACUGGACAUAAAACAUUUUCACUUUAAUUUAUUUUAAAAUCUCUUUAGGCAUAUAGUAAAAUAUUUGGUAAUAAUAGAAUUGAAUAGCUAAAACUUAAUUCAUAUCAUAAUCAUAUAAGUUUAUUUGUCAAGCAUAUAUAAGAUAACAGGUAAAAGUAUAAACAUAAUUUGAAUACAUGAAAAGAAUAAGUAACAAAUUAUCAUUUGUUAAUUUUAUAUACUUUCACAAGAUCUUAUUUUAUCUGUUUCUAUGGUAAAUAUAUUUGUAAGGAGGCAGAUGAAUUCAAACCCACCUGCGUAUAACAGAUAUCGUCAUAGUAAUAAGAUGAAUGUAUCUAUUUAAAAAUCCUAAUGCAUUUCCUGAAUGAGAAAUAAUACGUGUAGCUUAAAUAAAGAUUUCCCAUCUUUGAUUAGACAUCAAUUGUCACAAUCUGUCAACAACAGAUUGUCACAACCGUCAACAAUACAGACUUUUUAAAAGUUGAUGUACCUAUCAAAAUUGAAGGUGAGACCUUUGAAUAUCUUUCUUACCUAUUUUAAACACCUUAAAACAUUGUUUCUCUUGUUUGUAAUAAACCAUUGGAAAUAAAUGUGUGGCUGACAAGGGUGACCAAAGCCACGGAAAGACAGUUUACUGACUAUACAUAGUUUAUACAAAACAAAACUCCUCUUCAUUUAAGUCUAUAUACCUUGAAUUCCAUGGAGCUUCCAAACAUACUUACAAGGAUUGUUUUUUAAUUGCCUCUUUAGACCUCUUUGUGGGUUGAAGGAAAAAUGAGCUUCCAUUUCUAGAAAUGAUUCAAUAGGGAAACAAUACAACUCCCUUUAUUUUGACUUUAUUGCCAGAGGGGAAAAAAGAAACAUAGCAAAUAAACAUUUAGAAUCUCAUCACCAACUACUUACUGGAAUGCUUUCUGAGAGGCUUUCAAUGUAAAUGUGUACAAAAGAGAGUGCUGCUAUAAUCUUUCCCUUAUCUCUCUUGAAUGUAGAGGAUUAGUUCUUUUGACACAUAAAACUUUUGUAUAAAGAAUGUCUGUGAAAUGUGAGAAAAUUAAAAAAACCAGCCAAAAUAAAGGAUACAUCGAAAUGCAAUGACAUUUAAACCUUGAUAUUUUAAAUAAAAGGUGUCAUUGUAUGCAUUUUUAAAAUAUUUUUUUAAAAUUAUGUUCUGUUUUUAUCAUCCACAAAUGAAUAGAAUGUUUUUGUCACCUUAUUUCCACUGUCUGCAGUUUUCAAAAUUAAAUUUGUGUUUGCCUAGUUUUUUUCUAAAUAGCUGCCUUUCUCUAUCUACAACUUCAGUUUUUGUAUGAAGUGCAUUGUAUAUUAAAAGAUAUUUUA